GCCCUCCCUUGGAUGCCACAAGAGAAUCGCGCGACAUUAGGUGUUGGAGAUAGCAACAGGCACACAAGUCGCUGAAGCUGUCAAAUGGAGAGAAAAACUGAUAUGUGUGAUUCUGAUAGCAGCGACUGCCAGAUAGAAGAACAGAAUUUACCAACAGCCGCAGAGUGCGAAGAAAGAUGCCAACGCUUUGCUGCUGUGACAGGGACAGACACCGCUCUAGCUAUGUUCUUCCUUCAGGAUCGCGAGUGGAACUUGAAUGUAGGCGCACUCAAGAAACCGCAUUGCCGGCGAGAGCUCUAGAUGCAUUUUUUGACAGUGAAGAGAGGGGGCAAGCUGGAACUUCGGCUGCUGACAAAUCAAGUACAAACAUUUGCAGGACAAGUACUUGUACGUUUGACAAAUCAUCUACAGAAGAAUGCCAAACAAAAAGUACCAGAGAAAAAAAUGACAGAAGUGCUGAGAGCUGCAGAGAGGGAGAAAAUAUCGUACCACCAACAGAAAAGUCAGAUUCUGAACCCCAUCGCAUUCGCUUGCUGUCUUGGAAUAUCGAUGGGCUUGACAACAAUAAUGUUAAAACUCGUGCUAAAGCUGUUGUUAAUACCAUUAACUCGGAGAAACCUCAUGUGGUGUUUGUGCAAGAGAUGGUACCUUCAAACGAGGCUGUAUUGAGGGAAGGCCUGACCAACUACCAGGCUAUCUGUGGUGGCACAGGUAGCAAGGAGGGUUACUACACCGGCAUUUUCCUCCAAAAACAGCACACUAUACUGGAGGACUAUCAAAUCAAACCAUUCUUCUCAAGCCAAAUGGCACGAAGCCUGCUAAUAGCUAGUUGUCUGGUGAAGGGAGUGCCAAUGACCCUGAUUACAUCUCACUUAGAAAGCACAAAAAACCAUGCAGAAGAACGUAAGCGUCAGCUUAUCUCUGCCUUCAAACACAUUGAGCAAGCGCCUCAAGACCAUACUGUGGUCUUUGGUGGUGAUUUGAACCUAAGAGACAAAGAGCUGGAAAGCAUUGGUGGCAUACCUUCAGGUAUUGUGGACCUUUGGGAGACAACAGGACGGCGCAAGGAAGCUCGCAGCACUUGGGAUACCUUCCGCAAUGAUAAUUUGGGAUAUGAAGGACAUUCAAGAGCUGCUCUUCGCUUUGAUCGCCUGUACAUGCGACCUGCCAAGCCAGCCCCCAAAAUAAAAGCUGUGUAUUUUGAGCUAGUAGGCUUGCAGAGAGUACCAGACAUAAUGAGAUUCCCAAGUGAUCACUGGGGUAUUUUGGCUCACUUUGAUAUCUUACCAUGAUAUCUUUUGUUGCAAGUUUUGAUCAGGUUUAUGUUUCCAAAGUUUUGAGGUAUGUAAAUGCUGCUAAUUUUGGCAUUACAUUGAUUUUCAUGAUGUUUAAAAAUACAGAUGAGAGUUAAUGUGAUAGACUUUGACUGUAGUGUUGAAUUGUGUGAGUCUACAAACUAUGGAGACUGGAGAUGUAUAUAUAGCACUAUCACAGCACAGUCUUAGCAUUGGUGCAUAGAUACAGGCAUGUCUGCUUUUGUUUGUGUAUGUGCAUACUCAUAUGGUCUAAGUCAUACUCUCAACAUUGACCAAUUUCAAGAAGUAAAUACACAUAAAAUUCAGUCAGCAUCAGGCAUCUACAAGCCACAAACAGCCAUGCCUGCUUUCUUGUAUCAAGCUUUCAGAUUGAUUUUUUUUCUAGAAUCAGUAAUUUCACCCUACGGGUAUAUCAGAGUACAGUGUUGCAAACAUUGUACAUUAACAAAAGAUUAGCAAGAACAAAAGUCCAUAGACCUUCAUAACAGCAAAUAUUUAAAUGUGUAUUUUGGUAGUAUAUUUUACACUCAAAUACACUAGUCAUUCAAAAAAAAAGAGGGGGGGGGGGGAAACUUUACAAUAACAAAAUAAAGGAAGCGGUGUCCCUUCAGCUAAAAGGCUUUAGGGGGCCAGGUCUCCGCAUUUUGAUUUUCUGCUUGAGUUUGUUGUGCUUUUAAUGCCUGGGAAGUCCUAAGAAGAAGAUGUAAAUCUCGCUUUUAAAAGUUAUUUUUAAUUGUACCAUCUCCUCUUCCCCAAAUUUAGUCCUAGCCCUCUAACACCAACAUUCCUCAGCAUGCAAAACACUGGACAUAACAGAUUGAUCUGCCUUGGAUUGUAUUAAUCCUCUCCUUCACCACACCCCUUUUGUAUUAUAGUUAUUAUUCAAAUAAACUCCACUUGUAAAUGGAAAUGACAACAUUAAAAAUAAAAAGACACUGUUAACAGCUUUAUCUUUUAUUUAUCAUAUUCACUCAUGCAAAUUUACUUAAAAUACUAUGACUAACAGUUUUUAGCAUGCCAUGCUAUAUGAUCAGUUUGUUUUUUUCACGGGUCUACCAGAAAACAAAUUGAUUCUUUUUUAAAUGUCUGGGCUGAUACAGUGCAAUAAACUGAAAAAUAUCCCCACUAAUGUUCUCAAGUCACAAGCCAACAACAUGAGACAAAGACACAGGUCAAAACCAAGACAUCACAAAGUGCCCAAAUAUGUUUUCUGGCUUGUAUUUUUUUGUACCUCCAAAACUAAGACUGCUGAUUUUAUUUACAAUUAAAGCAUGUGGAACUUGCAAAAAA